AUACAUUCAUAUUUGUCUCUUGUAACACUAUGCAUCCUCCAGGAAAGUGUUAGUCAUUUUAUAAUUUUGAAGGAAUAAUGUAAGAGCAUAUCCUUUAUUUGUUUCUAAUGUAACCGUGCAUUGAUGUGCACAUAUAGUGCAAAUACACAGGAUCACUGUUAUUGUAGUUUUUAAGAAGUGUUGGGUCGAACUUGCAGCCUUUGGAUCUGUAAUAAGACAGUGUUGCCACUGAGCACAAUAUGACGUCUAUAGUGUUCUGAAAGCUCAUGAAUCAUUAGGAUGCAACUAGCUUUAGAACGCGUCUUUAUCACGAAUAUUGGAAGAUAAAUUCAGCAGCAGCAGCAUGACGACGUCACAUAUGAUGGAGUUUGUUUGUGCAGGUUUGGCGGGGUGUGGUGCCGGGAUAUUUACGACCCCGUUAGAAGUUGUAAAAAUUCGAAUGCAACUUCAAGGUGAACUACUUAGAAAAGGACACUACACUGUACAUUAUAGAAACUGCGUCCAUGCAUUUUACACCAUAGUUACCACAGACGGAUUUCUUGCGUUACAGAAAGGUCUAGUUCCCGCGCUCUGGUUCCAACUCAUACAUAAUGGUACCCGGCUUGGGUCAUAUCAAAUCAUCAUCAAUACGGGGUUCACCAAAGAUUCUGAAGGCAACGUGAAAUGGGGAAGAUACUUGCUGGCCGGGGCUGUCUCUGGUGGGUUCGGAGCAGCCGUGGCAAGCCCCUUCUAUCUGGUCAAGACUCAUCUUCAAGCACGUGCAAAUCGUGCUAUUGCAGUUGGUACUCAACAUCAACAUGAUUCUAUGACAAAAGGUUUUAAAAAGAUUCUUAAACGAGAAGGAAUAAAAGGUUUAUGGCGUGGAACAAUGGCGGCGGUACCAAAGAGCACGGUCGGUUCAGCUGUACAGCUGGGGACAUUCAGCACGUCAAAAGAUUAUAUCACCAGUCUGAUGUUAUCCCAGCCAGACAGUGUAUUCAACGCAUUCUUUGCUAGUAUAGUCGCCGGGGUAUUUAUAGUAGCGUGUAUGACGCCAUUUGACGUCGUCGCGACACGUAUGUACAAUCAACCGGUAAAUAAUCAAGGUCAGGGGACGCUUUAUAAACAUGUACCAGACUGUUUCAUUAAGAUACUGCACGAGGAGGGACUAUUGAGUUUCUACAAGGGAUGGGGACCGUCAUUUUUCAGACUGGUUCCCCAUACAAUAUUAUCUUUAGUGUUCUGGGACCAACUUCGUCUUUUGCAUCAUAAAUGGACGUCAGACGUCAGUGAUCCAACAUGAUGUAAUAAACAAUUUUUAAAUGAUGAUUUAGGAUAUAUUUUUAUGUUUAAGUGGUAAAACAUUAAACAAGGUAAUGGAACAUAUAUUGGACGACACACGGCGUAUAUCACAUACAAAGUUUUAAGUUUGGACCUCACUGAACCUGCAUGGUCAAUAUGAAAAUGUUGUUUUUAACUAGCUGCAAUACUGUUUUUUUCUAAUACAUUGACCUUAAGUUUCGCGUUGUGCGUACUAUUUCUUUUGUAGGAAAUUUAUAGUACACAUAUCUUUUGCAACAUGGAUUGCUUAUAUGUAUUCUCUUUACAUAUGAAUAAAGGGAGAUCACUGUAUAAUAUUAUUUCUUCAUGUUUUCAAGAAUUUCCUCCCUUGCAUUAUUUGCUGCUGUAUCUCUUUUUCAUCGUUAG